UUAGGUAUACAUAUAAAUACAUCGUGCAACAGCAAACCCUGCAAAUUAAACACUUCCUUCGGCGUUUUGAUUACGACAAGGAGUAUAGGCUAUAUUGUGUUCAGAUAAAAAAAAACAUAGAUUGGAAGCAUAAAAAGCAAACAACUGUUUAAGAUGAUGCUGCUGCCAGCAUUAUUAAUAUGCAUCGCUGCAAAUAUUUGCGUAUUUGCCCAAACCAAUCCUAAAGAAACGGAAUUUUCUCGAAAUGUGCAAAAAAGUGUCAACAAAAUGAAUUUAGACUUCGCUAAAAUCCUCCUGGAAAACUUACCCUCGGAAGGAAACUUUAUAUUCUCACCUCUCAAUAUCUACGGAGCUUUAGCCCUGGUGCAUUUGGGCGCCACUGGCACGACCAGAAACGAGCUUUCCAACGCUUUGGGGUUACCUGCCGAAGAAAACAAAUUAGCCGAAGCCCACGAAAAAUUGGGGAAAUUGCUGAUUGACAUUCAAAUUCGUCAAUCGGCCAAGGUGAACAUUGCUAACCAAAUAUUCACGUCGAAAGGAUUAAAACUCAAAGAUGGUUAUACGAAAGGAACGGUUAAUUAUUAUUAUAUAAGUCAAGCUCAGCGAGUAGACUUCGCGAAAAGUGGACCUGAGGCGACGAAUAUCGUAAAUAAAUGGGUAGCUGAUGAAACGUAUCAACGCAUACCAAAAUUAUUCAGCGACGAGAUAUCAAAAGAUACGAUUAUAUUAUUAGCUAGCGUAUUAUAUUUUGCUGGUAAAUGGUCGGACACCUUUCACGAAAUCCAUACUCAAACAAAAAAUUUCCACACCGGAUUGAAGCAGAUCCCAGUACCGACAAUGAGCAAAAAUGAAUCAGUUCCUUACGUCAGUAAUAAAGAUCUGAAAUUCGAAGCCAUCAGUAUACCUUACGUAUAUGGAGAAUUCUCAAUGCUAAUCAUCCUACCAAACCGAAACCAAUCAGUGAAAACUCUGGUAAACUCGCUCAAAUCGGAACAAAUUUCCGAAGUGAUCAAAUCUCUUGAACUGACAUACGUAAAUUACCAAAUUCCUCGUAUGAAAUUCCGUUGGUCGCAAGAUAUAAAAGAAGCCCUCGUAAAAUUAGGAGUAAAACAAAUGUUCAGCAGCGCUGAACUCGGAAAUAUGGUCGACUUGAAUAAUACACGGGUAUCGAAAGUAACUCACGCAGCUGAAAUUGAAGUCCAUGAAAAAGGAACUGCAGCGAGUGCAGCGACAACGAUACAAAGAAGACUCAUGAUGGGGAAAUUUUACUCGUACACCAGUCCGCCAAUUCCGUUCUACGUAGAUAGGCCCUUUUUGUUUUCAAUUUACCAUAGAGAUACGGGUAUAAUCUUACUCACCGGUACAGUGCAAAAUCCAACAGUCUAUAGAAGCGCUGAUGAGCUGUGUUUUAAGAAGCACGAUUUGUAUGUUUGAUUUUUCUUCAUCCCUUUCAUAAAUUGAAAUUCAACAAUCAAAACGUUUCGACCUUAUUUAUGCUCUUGAAACGUAACGUUCUUUUGAAAACGAAAAAUCAAAAUCAAAAAGAGAUAAAAGGCACCCUCUCCCCUCACCUUUGUUAAGUUUUUUUUCAGAUGAGGUGUCUCGUUUUAAUUGUAAUUAUGUAUAGGGCAAAACGCCCUGACGUCACAAGGUGUAUAAAUGGUGGUAUCUCUUGAUUCCCCUUACAUAUUGUGGGGUACAUGCUAGUGAUUGUUCUGUCCACUUUGCAUUUCGAUAUGCCAAAACUUUCAAACCAUCUCGAGGAUCCCAUUAAUUUAUGGCUCUAAAUUGUAGAGAAUUUUGUCCCCUUUCUAACAGUAUUAAAUUUUUUGAAAUCCGCAAAAGUCUUCCUUGAGAAAAUUUACUUAAGGAGCUGAAAAAGGUAGCCAAUUCAACACAUUGUUCUGUUCACUUUGCACUUUGAGGCCACAGAACUUUUAAACCAUCGAAAUUUGUGCCCUUUCCAACGGUAAUGAAUUUUUUGAAAUCCUCAAAGGUCUUCCUUGAGAAAAUUGACUUAACGAGCUGAAAAAUGUAGCCAAUUCAACAUAUUUUUCUGUACACUUUGAACUUUGAGGCGACAGAACUUUUAAACCAUCUCGAGGACCCCAUUAUUUUAUGGCUCUAAAUUGUAGAGGAUUUUGUCCUCUUUCCAACGGUACUACAUACAUGUUGGUACUACAUUUUUUGAAAUCCGCAAAGGCCUUCCUCGAGAAAAGUGACUUGACGAGCUGAAAUGUAGAAGUAAACGGCAUUGUUUACAGCUAGAUUUGUAAGGUUUAGCCCACAAAACCAAGGGUGCAAGUAUGCAACCUGAAAUACGCGUUUUACCCUAUUCGUUUGUAUAAAUAAUUUAUAAAAUACAUAUUGCUUCAUUUCAUUU